AAAGGAGGCAUCGUCGCGUCAUGCGAUCGAUUUCCUUUUCCUUUUCUUAUUCAAUUCAUUCUUCAGCCAAGCUUACCGCCCGCCAGCUGUGUGCUCUGAACGAACGUCGAAGCUGGCUUUGGCCUGGUGUCUUAGCCACAUUGGAUAAUAAUUUGUAAUAAAGUGUUCCUAUAAAAAUCUAUUAGGAAAACCAAUCUAUUAACGAUUGUCAUAAAAUAGAAAGCUAUAAUAUCGCUUUCUCAUAUAUUAGGUAAAGCUAUUAAGUUAUUCAGUCAUAUUAAUACAAUACCUAACUUCGUGAAUAAUAUAUGAUAAACAUCUAUUAUAAUUAGUGACAAUAUUUAAAACAGAAACUGUUAUGAACUAAUAUAGUGAAUCUCCGUGAAAAUAUUACCACGCAUCUAUAAUGAGACGCCAUUUUGUAUCGGCCGCUCAGGGCGUGGCACGUCAAUAAUACCAGUCCUGAUUCAUUGACAAGCAUAUAAAUAUAACCAUGCCUCGAAUUGAUCCUGUCCAGUUACUAAAUUGCCUCAGUGUACUUUUGUCACCUAAUGGGGGAAUUAAGAGUAGAAAUGAAGUUCAAAGGCUGGCCGGCUUAAUGACAAAAUUUUCAAAGAAGCUGGUAUCGAAGUGCAUCUAUAUACAAAUAUUGAAAUGUACAGAGACAGAGCUAUUGGGAUUAUUCAUGGGUUCAGGAGGCUGGUUAUUAGUUCAUAUGUGGUUAACAGAAAGCAUAGUUGCUAAAAAUUGGCCUUUAGUUAAGGAGCUAUUAGAACUUCUGUUAUUAUGCCCAGUUGACAUUGAACGACUUAAGACUAAUAAUUGUCCUAAGUUAGUAAAGGAGUUAUCAAAAGAUGGAAAUCACUUUGCUAUAAGAGCUUUGGCUUCGAAAUUGGUCGAACAAUGGCUUAAAACGGUGAAAGGAGAACCCGUUAUACCUAUACUUGAAAGUGAAAUAACUCAGUUAAUCGCAACUGCGCAGGCAGAAGUUUGCAAGUCUGAAAUUGGUACUAAACUGGAAGAUACUAAUACAGAAAAAGUAUCGGCAGAUAUUAAGACGGAUUUACGUAAUGAUGGGGAUUCUAAAUCUUACAAUAUUGAAUCCGUUCCAAACUCUGUUGUAAAAAACGAAGAUGUUAUAGUAAAAGAAAAUAAAGAAUUAGAAGAAGAUAAAGAAACAUUACCAGUUUUAAAAAUCUCUCUGAAGGAUGGAAAGCAAAUAAUAUCAAACAUGGAUGAUGAAGAAACAAAAGAAGAAUCAAUUACUGAAAAAUCUAAUGAUAAACACAAAAGAAGCAAAGAAAAGUCUAGUGAAAACAGUAAUUCCAAAUCAAGUUCUUCUAAACACUCAAGCAAAUCUCGUUCAUCUUCUUCAUCUGAUAAGCAUAAAAGUAGUCAUAGAAGUUCUAGUAGUAGUAGUAGUAGCAGUAGGAGUAAAGAUAGCAAGCAUAAAGAUAAACAUUCAUCUUCCAAAUCUAAAAGUGAAAGUAGAAAAUCUAGCGAUAGGUCUAGUAGUUCAUCUAGUAAAGAUAAAGAUGAACGAAGUAAUAAAUCUGAUAAAAGUAAAAGCCGAGAUAAAGAAAAAGAAAAAAUCCAAGAUAAGGAUCAAGAUAAGAACAAAUUAGAUAAAAAUGAUAAAACGGCAAAUUUACAGAAAACAUCUAAUGACAAAUUGGAAGAUUCACCUACGCCAUCUAUUCAUAAAUUAGGAAAAAUACCUAAAUUGUCGGAAGUUAAGAAAGAAAAACCUUCAAUAUCUAUUGAAGUCAGAAAACCUGAUGAUCCCAAACCAAAAACUGUUAAAACAUUUCAUUCUAAAUUCAGAAAGCACGGGUUAGAAGAAGAAGUGAAGCCCCCGCCAUCCCGAGCAUCGUUUAUAAAUAAAAAAGUGGCGCCUGCGCCAUCACCAACUGUACCAAUACCAAAAAGACCUUCACCUGUACACACUGAGUCUCCCCCUGAAAAGAAACUUAAAGCAGUCGAACCCUUAGAAAAACCAGGAUCUAUUAAACUUAUCCCUGCUAAACCAAAGCCUAUGCUGCUUUUGGAGAGUGAUAUGUUUAUGGAUGCUCUAAAUGCCUCUGCAACUAAUAAGAAAGAACCCAAGAAAAGAAAACGACGAACAAGUGGAUCUAAAGAUGGAAAUGCUCCUAGCGACGGUUCACCUCCGCACACUCCUUCAAGCAUUGUUACAAGUCCAAAUAGCGAAAGCAAAUCUGUUCCACCACGAUUUUAUCAAGACACAUUAGAUACUGAAGAAAAUAAAGAAAAACCUGUACAAGGUCCUGAAAUAAAAGAUAAUACUGAUGCUGAAGUGCCUAAAAAUGAACCCGAAGAGUCGAUGGACACUACAGAGCCCCACACUUUAACAAUAAAUGGUCUCAAGGGUGUUUUAUGUUAUCACAAAAGAAAAGGACCAAAAAAGAGUAUAAAAUGGAAACCUGACUCUGAGUUGGAAGAGAUUCAAUAUUUCGAACUGGAUGAAACGGAGAGAGUUAAUGUUACCAAGACAUUUACCGACAUGAAGUAUUUAGAAAGAAUAAAUGAAAGAGAAGCCUUUCAAAAAGCUAGAAAUCUUAGUAAUGAUGAUAUCAUGGAAGAAAAAACAAUUUGGAGACCUCUUAUUCCUGUAGAUGUAGAUGGUCAAAUACAGGUGGAGCACGGCAAAAAUAGUAAAGAAAAAGAUAUUCAAGCUCUUAGGCAAAAGGGAACGUUACAACCACUUUAUUUCCAUAAAUCUAUGAUACCAGACUCACCUUUUGAACCUGAUCCAGAAACCCAUACUUAUUCUGAACCUACAAUUAUACCACUAGAAGAUAUUACAGGUAAUCAGGAUAACAUAAGUGAUUUUAGAAAUAUGCCUUGGCCGGAACCAAAAGGAACUGCUCCACCUUCUUCUAGUAACAUCAAUAUGCCUACUAUGUUUCCGCCUCCGAUUGCGCAAUUUCCGAAUGGAUUUCCCAAUCCACAAUUUUCUGGAGUUGGAGGAUUUCAAGGGCCUAAUAUGGUCCCCCCUGAUUGGCAAAAUGGUGUUCCACCUCAUCUUAUCAACAAUGGUAUACCUGGACCUAUGAACCCAGCACCACUAACUCCUGGGGCUAUACCCCCAGGAAAUGUUCCUCCAGGUAUGAUGAUGCCAUCUGAAACUAUGAUGAUGACCCCUGAUAUGUUUGGUGGUCCUAAUGGGAUGUUUCCAGUGCCACCCGAAGGUUUUAAUAUGCAACAAAAUAUGUUUCCAAUGGAAUACAACUUGCCAGGACCUCAGGGACCAGGUCCGGAAGGUUUCCCCGUUCCUGGCAAUUUCCGUGGGGCGAUGCGAGGGGGCCGUGGAGGUGGACAUUGGCGCGGUAAAAGUAAUAAUAACUGGGAAGGAGAACCUCAACGUGGAAGGGGAGGUCACUCACGUGGUAGCAGGAAAGCGGUUUGUAUAUAUUUCAAAAGAAGAGGUUCAUGUCGACAUGGAGAUAAUUGUUCGUUUUUACAUAUUGCUCCAAAUAAUCCAUACUAAGUAACAACUUUCCUAUAUAAAUAGUUUUGAAAAGUGAAGUAGACCGCGGAAUAAUUUAUACUAUUUUUAUAAAGAAUAAUAUAUGUAUUAGUGACAAAAUUGAGCAUAUAGCUAAGUGAUACGUCUCUACACCUUAUCAUGGCGGCUUGAGUUAAUGAAGCGUAAUGGAAUUGUAGAAAAGUAAAUUAUUAUUUAAAUCGAAAACGAUUUAUUCACUGUAAGACAAAUUUGAUUUUAAUCAGUUACAAAAUAAUAUUAUUUUGUAUAGUGUUGUUAUAGUCAUAAAUGUUAAGUUUUGUAGAGGUAAAUACUCAAAAGACUGAAUGUAAAUAUAAUAAUAAUAACUACUUAUAAAAAAACUGUACAUAUACUGUAAUGUAAAAGGUUUACCAUUUAUAUGAACAUGAACAUAUUUAAUAAAAAGAGCUAGUUAUCUAUGUAA